AUGAACGUUUCAGAAGCAACAAAAAAGACAGCAGAUUUGUUUGCCAAGGCUAAUGAUGCUUUCUUUGACGAUGACUACGACGAGGCUUUGACCUUGUUUACCGAUUUAGUGACAUUGGAGCCUGAAAAUGCAGAAUUUCUUUUAAAGAGAUGUCAGGUCCAUCAAAAAUUGAAUCAUUUAGAAUGUGCUUUGGAAGACGGCAACAGGGCUUUGGAGUUGUUGAAGCAAGGCUCUCGUAGUUUAUUGGCCAGAGCUCAUUUGCAACUUGGUAUCACUUUACAUCGUUUGAAUCGAUUCACUGAAGCGCAGAAGCAUCUUGAGCAAUCCAAAGAGCUGAAUCCUAACGAAAAAACCUUGGUGACAUGGUUGAGGAAGAAUGCUGAAAAGCUACCCAAGGUAGAAGAGAAACCAGAGGCUGUCAAUCCUCCCCCUGCUGCUGCCGCUGCUGCUCCUAUACCCAGUGCUCCCAAGGCAGCUGGAAGACAUGAAUGGUUUCAAAACGAUACAUUUGUCACUAUCGAAGUGUUCCUAAAGCAAGUUAAACCUGAGCAUGUGGAUCUUAACUUUUUCGAGAAUUCACUGUCAUUGAGUGUUAAAUUACCAAACGGAUCCAACUAUUCCCUUGAACUUGAUCCACUCGCACACAGCGUUAUUCCCAAAGAAUGUACCUACAAGAUCUUAUCCACAAAGAUUGAGAUCAAGUUAAAGAAGGCCAUGGCUGGUAUCAUGUGGGGAGCAUUGGAAAGUGAUAAUGAUCAGGGAACUGCUAUGGCUCAAACAUCAUCCAUCGCUAAACCCAAGAAGGAUUGGAACAAACUCACCAAAGAAGUCGAAGAAGAGAAACCAGAAGGAGAACAAGCAUUGAACGCAUUAUUCCAGCAAAUCUACAAAGACGCAGAUCCUGAUACACGACGAGCCAUGAUGAAGAGUUUUGUCGAGAGUAACGGUACAUGUCUUUCUACCAACUGGGCUGAAAUUGGAGCCAAAAAGACCGAGAUCAAGCCUCCAGAGGGUAUGAUUGCUAAAAAGGCAAGUUGA